AUGGGCGAAUCGAUUUCAAUCAUAACGUUAGCGCCUAUGAUCCUUACCAAAUUCAUCAUGUUAAAAAUUAAUGAAGGUGGAGAAAGGUCAAAACAUAUUGAGAAUAAUGUUAAUAGUAUACCUUAUGAAAGAGUUGGUUGUAUACUCCCCAUCAUAACACUAGUACUCAAGAAUUAUAAAAACUAG